GGCCGCCGAGAAAUUCACCGAGAAGGAGCCAUUUAUGCGUGUGACGUCAUCAGUCUAUCGGUGGGUUUUUCCGAUCCCGAUUGCGGUUUCCGAGAAUCAGGCGCUGGAUCUCGCAUUUCCAAACGAGUACAUUGAACAACAAAAUUUGCUAAUUUGUGGGACACUAUUGCGAUCGGGUACAGCUGAAGAAUACACAGAGAGAGACAGCCUUUUGACUGAGAUAUCUCAGAUGAAGGAUGAAUCGCACGUCAAAAAAGCCUCUGAGACAAAGGGUUCUGAUGACAAAGACAUCAUAAAACAGGGGGAGGCCGUAAGGAAACAUGCCAUGGAAGGCAUGGCAAAAAAAGAUGGCUCUACCCCAUCGAAAAAGGUCAGGAGAACACAAUCCAUGUCUGAGUAUGUAGAGUACAAAAAAGCAGAAAUUGAGCUUAGAAAGGAAGAGUUGGAGGUCAGAAAGCAGGAACUGCAAAUGGAAAGAGAGGAGAAAGGGAGAAUGUUUUCGAUGAUGAAGACCAUGCUUGAGAGUAUGAAAAAGUAGUGUUAUCGUUGUCUACCUAUUGUUCAAGGGACACUUUUUCUUAACCACCCUGUCGGCAAAAUGACUGUUACCAAUUACAAUUACAAUUACAAUAACUUUAUUAAUGUAUAACUACAGCAAGUUACCAGUCUAGCAGCUGUUGAAAAUUCAUCUGACUUUUUUUGGAUGAACUUUCAUCCUGAAGUGUUAUUUUCGUCAGAUGAAUUUUCGUCAGGUUUAGAGAGUGUUCAUUUCUAAACAACUCAUUUGGGUGAACUUUGAUCAUUUCACUGCCAACACGACCAAUAGGUCAGUAGUUUGAGAUUUGUCAUAUAGUUUAUUUUGAAUUUUUGAAUUUUCAUUGUUGAAAUAA